GCCAUCUCUACUCUACAGUGCGACUUCGAAGUUCGAACGGGUGAUUAAUUCUAUCAAAAAGUAAACCAAAGAAACUGACCAAGGCCAAGGUGAUCAAAGUUCAUCUGGCAAAGCACAGCGCUGCUCUCAUCCCAAUCCAUGCUUGGUGAAAUCACGGUCAGAACAUCACCGACUGUCCUCGGCGACAGAACAACGUGCCAUUGCAUUACUCAACAACACAAAUAGUCGCUGCCGCAAAAUGAAGGUGCACCGAAGUCUACGUCUGCUGAUAAAGCUUCCAAGUAUUCAGAGUGUCCGGCACUCGAGCAGUGGAUCGAGCAAGCCUCUCAAGAUCCUUACCAAGCACUAUGAGGAAAUCUCUAUACCAGUGCCCUGGGGAAAGAUCGCUGGCAAGUGGUACGGACCCAAGCAUGUGCGGCCCAUUGUGGGCAUGCACGGAUGGCAGGAUAACGCCGGAACCUUCGACACCCUGGCUCCCCUGCUGCCCUCGCAUCUCUCCUUCCUGAGCAUCGAUGCUCCGGGUCACGGCCUGUCGUCCUGGCUGCCGGCCGGCACUUCCUAUCACUCCAUCGACCUGGUGCUGAUCGUGCGUCGGCUGAUGGACGACUACAACUGGGACAAGAUAUCCAUACUGGGCCACUCGAUGAGUUCCAUCAACGGAUUCGUGUUCAGCGCCCUGUUUCCGGACAAAGUGGAUCUAUUCGUGGGCAUUGAUGUGCUGAAGCCGCCGAUCAGGAGUGCGCGCCAAACUGUGGAUGGGCUGGCCGAUCGAGUGGAGGCCACCUUGAAGCUGGAACGGAGGCUAAAGAGCGGUUCAGAGCCGCCGGCUUACGAGUGGGACGAGUUGGUGAACCGACUUCACGAGGGCUCCAACAAAUCCGUGUCGCUGGAGUCCUGCAAGUACCUGCUGCAGCGAAACUGCAGGCCUUCGACCCACGAGCCGCACAAGUAUUACUUCUCCCGCGACAACCGACUCAAGUCCUCGCUCUUCUACACGCUGCACCACGAGGUGCCGAUGGAGAUGGCGCGGCGGAUCAAGUGCCCACAUCUGUUCAUCAAGGCCCUCCAGGCGCCGUACUACGAACGCAAGGAGUACUUCGAUGCCACGUUGGCCGAACUGCGGAACAAUCCCCUCUUCGAGUACCACGAGGUGGAGGGAACUCAUCACGUCCAUCUCAACGAGCCGGAGAAGGUGGCGCCCAUCAUCAACUCGUUUAUCAACAAGUACCGACCCUUAUGAGACCGGGCUGGCGUGGAUCUGGACAUCUAAAGAGUGUACAAACUAGUUGAUUGGUAGCCCUUAUCCCUAAUUCUUAUCUUUAGUUCGCCCUUGACGCAGAUAUUCCCUCGAUAUUGUCCCAGCAGUAGGAAGAAGACAUAGACUUUGGUUGCUUCUAUUUAAUUUAUUAUUUACAAUCGAUAUACCGGCAAUAACAUUAAUGUUAUAGACUUAAUUACAGAACGUCAAAAGGUACCUUUUGAGUUGUUUUCGUGUGGAAUUAGCGCCGCAACUAAUAACUAGCCAAUACGGAUUCCGAUUUUGCAAAAUAAACAAGAAUUUGUAAAUUUCCCAAA